AAUAAAUCGGAGCCGUCCAUCUCUAGGGUUUAUCAAUCCAUAUAUAUUUCCCUAACUUUUCAGUUUCAAUCCUUCUCUGUUAUUUUCUCAGUUGCUUUCUCUUCCUCGCUAGGGUUUUCAGUUCUCUCUUCCUCGCUCUUUCCUCCCGUCGAUCGAAGAAUGGAGUCUCAGAUCAAGCAUGCUGUUGUGAUUAAGUGCAUGGGCCGCACCGGAUCAAGGGGGCAAGUGACUCAGGUCAGAGUUAAGUUUUUGGAUGACCAAAACCGUUUCAUCAUGAGGAACGUCAAGGGACCCGUCAGAGAGGGAGACAUUCUUACUCUCCUCGAGUCCGAGAGAGAAGCAAGGAGACUUAGAUGAAGUAGCCCCUCCCUUAUAUAUCUGUUUUGGCUUCCAUUAUCGGUUUUGCCUCGUUUUGAUUUUGUUAUGUCAAUGAUUGGUUUGUCAAGACUUGUUUUAGGAGUAUGAUUUUUGUGGUUUAAUACUGAGAAUUUUGCAAGAGAACAUACUGUGUUUAGACAGUUAUCCAAUUACUUUGAUCACUUGAUGUUUGUGUGGAAUGCUCGGUUUUUUUACUUUGAUGUUUGUGUAAUGGCUGGUUGCCUUUGUUUUAUGGUUCAUAGAGUAUCUUCUUUUCUA